AUGUCUCCAGAAAUUGAAGUCUUGAAGCAGUUGGAGCCAGAAACUUCGUUAUUAGAUCAAUAUCAAAAAGUCGGCAUUGAGAUUGUCUGUCCUGUCGACGAACGAUUCGCCUGCUUAAAAACACCACAGCGCAAUCUCUCUGGGAACCUGAGAAUGGCAGACACAUCACUUGUGUCAAAGCCCUUCCUCUGGGCGUCGGUCGCCUUUGUCGCGUUCCUCGUGUACCGUCUGUUGCAGGUCGGCAGGCGUGACCCUCGAAUGCCACCUGGUCCACCCACAAUCCCUAUCCUCGGAAAUGCUCAUCAAAUUCCUCGCACCGGCCUUUACAGACAAUUUCGAGAAUGGGCCAAAGAAUACGGUCCUGUCUUUAGUAUCAAACUCGGCCCGUCCAACAUUGUUGUUCUAUGUGACCGAAAAGCCAUCCAUAAGCUUCUGGUCGAGAAGGGCGCAGUAUACUCCGAUCGCCCAGAUACCUAUGUCGGGCAGUUACUAACUAAGGGCGAUCAUCUGGCGAUCUCUCAGAUGGACCCUCUGUGGAGAGAAAAGAGAAAAGUCAUUGCGCAUAACUUCUCCCCUAAAUCGCUUGACGAGAAACAUUUCCGAGUCCAGGAAGCAGAAGCUACGAUCUUGAUGAAUAACCUCUUAACGGACCCCGAAGACUUCUACAGACAGAUUAAGCGGUAUACAGCGUCUGUAGCGAGCUCCAUUACAUACGGUCAUCGCGCCGCUACUCCGGAUUCUUUUUGGGGACAGGUAGGUAGCGUGUACUACACUAGAAUGUAUAUACUAAGACCUGGAGCGAACCCUCCAGUCGACGAGUUCAAGUUUCUUCAAUGGGCACCUACCUCACUAGCAUUCUGGAAACGUCGGGCAAUCGAAGCAGGCUCAGUCAUGGACAACGUUUGGAGUGAGGCACGACGAAGGAUUGACGAGAGACGGGCUAAGGGCGAACGGCGAAAUUGCAUAAUUGAUAAUCUUCUCGACGAGUAUGAUAAGAAAGGAAUGCCAUUCUCGAAGCACGGGUUCGAUAAUCUAAUGGGUGAACUGGUGGAAGGAGGUGCAGAUACAACUGCAGCUCAACUUCUCACCUUGGUUCUUGCCUUUGGCCUCUACCCAGACAUCCAAAAAAAGGCCCAAGACGAGAUCGAUGCGGUUUGUGGCACCGAGAGAGCUCCACUGUGGUCCGACUUUGAAAAACUGCCAUAUAUUAAUUGUAUUGUGAAGGAGGGCAUGAGAUGGCGUCCAGUGCGUCCUCUUGGUACAAACUCUAGAGCUAACAGAUCUAUAGAUGAUGUCUACGAGGGUUUCAUAAUUCCUAAGGAUACAACAAUCUUCCUACCUACCUGGGCAAUCCAUCAUUCUGCAGGUAUCUAUGAGGAUCCAGAGACCUUCAAUCCAAGCCGAUAUCUCAAUCAUCCUAGAUUAGCCAGACGAUAUUUUUUACUAACUUCCUCUUCACAUCAUUAUAACUAUGGCGCAGGUCGGCGUGUGUGUCCAGGUAUGCAUCUCGCAGAGCGCAAUAUGUGGCGGAUUGCUGCAAAACUGCUAUGGGCAUUUGAGUUCUCCGAAUAUGUGGACCCUAAAACUGGUAUUAAGAGCCCUUUAGAUGCUGAAGCAUAUAACCCGGGUAUUCUUCAAGCACCAUUGCCCUAUAAAAUUGCCAUAAAACCCCGGAGCAAGGAGCAUAUCACGCGUAUCAAUCAAGAGAUAUCAGUUGCAAUGGACUUUUUGAAGCAAUAUGACUGA